AUGCUUCCCAGAAACUCUCAUUACAAGGGAACCGCAUACGUCCACGGAAAGGCCUCGGGUCCCCUCAUCGCAAGCAAUCUCGAGUUGAGCUUCUGGGGCGGCGUCGAUCCGCAGACGAGCCAAGUCAUAGACCACCAUCACCCGUUGAGCGGUGAAUUCCUACAAGACGCAAUUCUAGCGAUUCCCAGUGGUCGCGGCUCUUGCUCCGGCAGUGGGGUUCUGCUAGAGCUGUUGCUAAGUGGCAAAGGGCCCAAGGCUCUGAUAUUCUCGAGAAGAGAGGACAUCUUGACUCUGGGGGUUGUUGUUGCCGAGGAGAUAUUUGGCAGGUCUAUCCCGGUGGUUGUCUUGGCGGUGACAGAUUUUGAAGAGUUGCUGGCUGCUCGCUAUGUGGCUGUGAAUGGGGGCACGGUGUCGACUGUGCAACUUGGUGAUGCGAUGCACAGCCCUGAAGAUGAUUCAACGGAGCCCCUAGACACAACUCUUGGCCUCAGUAUCGAGUUGUCAAACAAAGACUACGCAUUCCUCAGCGGAGCACAUGGCCAAGCCGCUCAAGCUGCCAUGCGCAUCAUCCUGCGCAUGGCGGCCAUGGAGGGAGCCCGCAAGUUGAUAGACAUCACCCAAGUCCACAUCGAUGGCUGUGUCUACACAGGACCGGCAUCACUCAAGUUCGCAGAAACGUUGCGUGACUGGGGCGGAAAGGUCGUCACUCCCACCACAUUGAAUUCCAUUUUCGUCGAUCAACGACGCUGGCGAGCUCAAGGCGUUCCAUCGGUCUUUGGCGAAGCAGCAGAGAAGCUGGCCACGGCUUAUACGGACAUGGGAGCGCUGCCGACAUACACUUGCGCUCCUUAUCUGCUUCCCAGCGCACCGAAAAGGGGGGAGCAAGUGGCGUGGGCUGAAUCAAACGCUGUGGUGUAUGCGAAUAGCGUGCUUGGAGCGAAGACGAUGAAGUAUCCGGACUUUCUUGACAUAUGCAUUGCUCUGACGGGGCGUGCGCCCUAUGGAGGAUUGCAUAUUGAGAGUAACAGGUCGGCUUCGCUUUGUGUGGAGUUGCCUGUUCUUCAAAAGGCUGAUAUUGAUGAUUCGUUCUACCCAUUGCUGGGUUAUCAUGUUGGCAGAAUCGCAGGCAGUCGCAUACCUGUCGUUGUAGGAGUUGAUGUUCUGCGCCCUUCGAGAGAUGAUCUCAAGGCUUUCGGAGCUGCAUUUGCAACCAUGGCGAGUGCGCCCAUGUUUCACAUUGUGGGUGUGACACCGGAAGCUGCCACGCUGCAAGACGCAAUAGGGAGAAGAGAAGGCGUGGAAUGCAUUCGUCUUGAUGUGACGGAACUUCAGACAGUGUGGAGGACGCUCAACUCUGCAGAAGACAACUCACCUGUUGAUCUUAUAUCUCUCGGAAAUCCCCAUUUCUCAAUCGCCGAACUGAGAAGACUUGCGAGUCUUUGUCGAGGCCGGGCAAAGCAUGACAAAGUUGCCGUCAUGGUGACAUGUGCAAGGGCCACAUAUGGUCUGGCAGAUCAAGCAGGGCUCAUCGAGGAGCUGCAUCGAUUUGGGGUCGAGGUUAUUACCGACACUUGUUGGUGCAUGAUUGGGGAGCCGGUGAUUCCGACGACUUCGAGGACGAUUAUGACCAACUCUGCAAAGUAUGCGCAUUAUGGACCGGGCCUUACGGGAAGGAGGUUUUACUUUGGGAGCCUUGCGAGGUGUGUUGAUGCCGCUUGUGAUGGAUACUUUGACACAAAGAUGCCCGGCUUCAUAUCGUCAUGUAUACCGAAAGGAGCAGGUGUGAGGUGA